AUGUUCUCACUGUCGUCCGCACCAGCCAAGCAGUCAGUUAGCGAAACAAUUACAGUGCUCAGCAGUCGUCUUAGUUCUGCCACCCUUUUAGAGGAUCGCCGGGGGGCAAUCCUUGGACUACGCAGCUUUGCAAAGGAUUACCCAGCUUCGGUCGCAUCGGGUGCCCUUCGGAGUCUAAUAGGAUGUCUUACGAAAGAUGGAGAGGAUGUGGACACGGUUAAGGUAGUGCUUGAGACCCUCUUGAUGCUCUUUCGACCAAAUGAGGACAGCCCCGAGGCUUCUGAGGAAAUCGCCCUCUGGCUUGCCGACGAGUUCACCCAACGUCAGGAGAACAUUGCUUUACUGCUUGACCUUCUCCAAGCGAACGAUUUUUAUUCCCGACUUUAUAUUCUCCAGCUUCUCGGUUCUAUCCUAUCGGCUCGCAUCGAAAGGACAGAAGAAUGCAUCCUCUCGGCCCCGCUGGGUAUCUCCACCCUUGUUGGAUUACUAGACGAUCGUCGCGAGGCAGUGCGGAACGAAGCUAUUAGCCUCCUGAUCUACCUGACGCCAUCUUCUACUGAAAUACAGAAGCUAGUCGCGUUCGAGGGCGCGUUCGAGCGUCUUUUCACAAUUGUAACCUUAGAGGGCUCCCUAUUAGAGGGUGGCCAGACGGUAGAGGACUGCUUGAUCUUGUUAGCCAAUCUUCUCCGGCAAAAUCAAUCCAACCAGUCACUGUUCCGGGAAUCUAAGUGCGUCUCCCAGUUAGCUGCGCUUCUAGAGAGCGCCUACAAGACAUCUCUUCAGGAGGAGUUGGCAUCAUGGGCCCAGGCCCAAAGGAGUCGCAACAUCUAUGCUCUCCUAGCUAUCAUCCGUCUUCUCCUCUCUCCAGGGUCAGUUAACCUUGCUCAGAAUCAGGGCGCGUUCUGGCAAACAGGGCUACUAUAUCACGCGUUACAGUUAGCCUUCUGUCAGUCGGCAGAAGGGCAAAUUCGCGCAGAGGCGUUGAUAGCUUGCGCCGAUAUGGUUAGGGGAAACGCAGAUCUUCAAGGUAAAUUUGCGCAGCUAACUGUGCCAAACCCACUUUCCGACGAAGGUGACGCUACCCAGGAAGGGAGGGAGGACAAGACGAACAUGGUAUAUGUAAUCGACGGGUUGUUGGAUCUUACCCUAGGAGUACAGCCCUGCCCAGAAUUCAACUUGCGCAUGGCCGCCUGCGAAUGUAUCAAGUCGUACUUCUUCAAACAUUCUGAUAUUCGUCGGCACUUCCUUUCACGGGCGAUUGAAGGCCAUCUAGCAGACCGGGAUGAAACCGGCAAUAUCCUCACGAUUCUCCUCAACCCCUCUCCACGCCUGGCGACCUCUGAUCCCUACGGAAUCUGGUUUGCUGCUAUCAUCAUGUUUCACCUGGUUUAUAACGACCCGACUGCUAAGGCUAGCGCCAUGGCAAUAACGGAAGGGGAUGUAUCCAGUGGUGAAGAGGUGGUCACAAGCAUUCAAGCAAUUACUUCCCAUCUCAUAUCUGGUCUAUCACGGGGCGACAACCCUCGGGUUCUAGUGGCGUAUGUGAUACUGCUCUUAGGUUGGUUGUUUGAAGAUCCGGAUGGAGUCAACGACUUCCUUGGGGAAGGUAGCCAUGUCCAGGGUUUGAUACAGGCAGUGACACAACCUGCCGAGGGAGUUGAUGAGAUCGUUCGUGGUCUCUGCGCCAUGCUCUUGGGCGUCGUGUAUGAUUUCUCGACCAAGGAUUCGCCAAUUCCGCGAGCAACGCUCCAACCUAUACUGCUAGCGAGGAUGGGCCGAGAUAAGUACCUCGACAGGUUAGCGAACCUUCGAGCGCAUCCCUUUAUUCGCGACUUCGAGGUUACGCCACAAAAGUUGGACGGCUCAAGUUCCGGGAAGCUUGCCGAUGUCUAUUUUGACGACACCUUCGUCGAGUUCCUCAAGGAUAAUUACAGCAGGAUCGCUCGAGCCAUCGAUAGAGACCCGGACUUGGAGACUCCAGUCAUGGCCAAUGGGGUAGAGAAGGGUGUGUCACGAGAACUUGUCGACUCGCUAAGGGCCCAGCUGGAAGAGAAAGAAUCGGCAAUUCAAGAUAUGCAGAGAGCCCUAGACUCGCUGAGGCAUGAGUUGUUACAGGAACAGGAAAAUUCCCGUGCUGCUCGUGGUGCAGCCUCGAGGGAUAUUGCUAAACUAAAAGAUGCAAAUGACACGCUGAGGAGGGAGUACGAGGAUGGCAUACGGAAACUGGAGGCCCAGCAACGUGCACGAGAUGAGGAGCACAGGAGUGGGCUUGACAUGUUGAGGCGAAAUCGUGAUGAAGAGAUCCGUCAACUUCGGGCCACCCAACAGCGCCUUGAGGAUGAUCACAAGCGACAAGUAGAGCAGAUUCGCCAUGCGGCGGAUGUCGAAUCAGAACGAUACCGUCGACGAUCAGAAGCGGAAGUGGCAGACCUCCGGGCAACCAUCAGUCGGUUGGAAGUGGACUUGAUGAAGACGAAUAAAAGCAAGGCACAGGAAGUACAUAGCAUUCGAGAGGAUUAUACGAAGCAACUUGCAGAAAAAGCGUCGACAUUGGAGAACGCCACCGCACGAACUCGAGAGCUUGAAAAGCGCGUUCUUUCAGAGACAGAAGGGCGUAAAAAGGCCGAGGCAUUGGCAGCAGACGUCGCUUAUGCAAAGGCGACGCUUCAAAGCGAGCUCGAUGAUUUAUUGAUGGUUCUAGGUGAUACCGAGGAGAAGCUCGAUAGAUACAAAACACGACUGAGCCGGCUGGGCGAGGAAGUAUCGGACGGGGGCGAAGAAGAUGAUAGUGAUGAAGACGAUGAAGAUGAAGAUGCGGCAUCGUUAUUCCACGAGAACCAACUUCACAAUCAAUUCUAUUUUUCGAUGGAUCCCAAAGGUGAUACGGUGUCGCUGGGGAGCUCUGCCUCGUCUUCGGACGGCGAAUGGCAGGAUAUUGAGCCAGACCAGGAGCAAAUCUCCGUUUUGUCCUUCUUUGACGACGUAACGUUCCCUAACGCGAACGAAAUGCUUGACUACAGCCGUGAGAAGUAUGGCUUUGAUUUUCUAGCGACCCAGCGGCGCCUCGGUCUCGAUUUCCACGGAGCAGUGAAGCUAUGCCAGACCUUGCCCGCUGUCAUAUCGGCGCAAGAUAUUGAGGACGACGAGCUGCUGCGUCCGGUGUUGGAUGAUGAUGGUCUCAUUAUUGAAUUAAGCGAGCUCAUCGACGAGGGUAAUCAAUCGGGCCAGAGUACCAACCUAUCAAAUGAAAAUGAUUUGGUGUCCAGAAACCAACUCCUUGAAAACGAAUUGUCCGAGCUUCAGGAGCAAUUUAAAAACUACCGGCUGGCCGUGGAGGAGACCCUCGACCGCCGAUGGGGUUCUGAUCCAUCUGCUCCGUUGACAGGCGACGCUGAGGGCCGUGCCGAGCGGCCUCGGAGAAGUCCCGAUACCGAAUAUUGGGAGUCGUAUGCGAACAAGUGCUCUAGCUUGAUAAGGGGGAUUUUGAGCAUGUUUUGCGCCAAGGCAGGAGCCAGAAAAGUGCUUGCGGUUGAUAACUCGUCCAUCAUCCAGAAAGCUCGGCAAAAUGUUAUAGAUAACGGACUGACUGACAUCAUUACCUGCAUUUCCGGCCGGAUAGAGGAUGUCACUCUUCCCGUCGAAAAGGUAGAUGUCAUCAUCAGUGAGUGGAUGGGAUACUGCCUUUUGUAUGAGGCUAUGCUCCCGAGCGUCCUCUGGGCCCGUGACAGGUAUCUCAAACCCGACGGCCUUCUCGUGCCGAGCGUUGCGACUAUCUUCGCUGCGCCUGUGUCCGACGACGAGUAUAUUUCCGACAACGUGUCAUUUUGGGAUGAUGUAUACGGCUUCAGCAUGAAAUCCAUGCAGGAAGGGAUCUUUGACGAGGCAGAGGUCAACACCCUCCCUGCUACCGCCCUCUGCGGAGAGCCAUUUCUACUUACCCAACUACAGCUACAUGACAUAAAGCCCGAAGACUUAACUUUCACAGCCCAGUGGUCCUCGAAACUAAACCGGGACAUCGAUAGGGUGGAUGGCUUUCUCGUUUGGUUUGAUAUCUACUUCACCGCCUCACGACACGAGCAGGUCUCGCCUCCAUCACAAUCCGCUCAGCUAUGGAAGGAACGCAGUACAACGCGUAUCGCCUUCACUACUGGGCCAUUUGGGACGGAGACUCACUGGAAACAGGGUUUGCUGCUCGCCCCGCCGGUAAAGGAGGAGACUUCUAAUCUCAGUGCUGGGUUGGAAAUUUCUGGAGAAACUGCGUUCUCGUCCCUCGAGAGUGAUUCAAGGGCAUUGUCGAUUAAAACGAGCUGGAAAGUGCCUGGUCGGAAGGACCGUAGCAGAAUAUGGAAGCUCCGGUAA